UCAAGAAUUUGUGAUUCAAAGUGUAUGAUUUCUUUUAUUGUCUUUAUCCAAUAAGUAAUUGAAGGAACAGUUGCUUUGUUUGUAUAUAUAUAUAUCUCAUUGAAUUAAGAAUGAUUAAUACUUUUUGCCAAAAAUCCCAAUGAGACAAAUACCAGGUACUGGUUUAAUGGAGUUACUGUUUACUAUCAAAUAACUUGUCCACAAAUAAACAUAAUUGUCCUGUACUUUAUUCUGAAGCAUCAAUGCCCUUUAUUACUUUACUUUCUGUAGAAAUACAAAAACAUACCUAGUAGAAGAUAUAAUUUGUUAUUAAUUCUACAAUAACACAAUGGAUUAUACUAUAAACUUUUAUUAAUCUCAGCAAAUUGUUGCAUAAUUGAGCCAACGCGUUGACUAAAAACUUGAGCUGCAUUAGCCACUUUCAUUUUUUUCAGUUUCAGUUUCAGUCAAUCAGCGAGUUUGGAUGUUAAACACGCACGUACACAAAAAACAAUUUGGGAGGGGGUUCAUAAUAUAAAAUGUAUAAUCUAAUCUAUAUUUUAUAAUAUAAAAUAGCGUAAACAAAAAAUGCCUUUUAGUUAUAAUAGUACAGUAAAUAGAAUUUGACAAAAAUACAACAGUGAAAUUAAAUAAUAUAAUAUUUUAAAUGAGUUAAUAUUUUUAAAUUGAAUCGUAUUUUGUUUAUAAAUCUUAACAUCUUAAAUUAUUUUUUAACUUAAGUAUUAAGAGGAUGUCAGCGCACUAUUUGUUUUUUCUGACCCACGCGCAACAUAGACAGAAUGCAUUUACACAGAAUAACUUUUUCCAUAUUUUUAAGUAACCUUAGAGUAAAAUCGCCCAUUAUAAAAACGAUAGAGAAUAAUAUUUUUGAGGAAAUGACAUAUCUAUUUGUCUAAAUAUUGUCUCCAAAACCAUUUAAACAUAAUUUGAAUUUACAACAUUUAUUUGUUUAUUUUGAAAGUCGAAUACAAAGUCAAAUAACAAUAAAAAAUAAAAUCGAUAUGUCAUUCUCUCAAAAAUAUUAUUCUCUAUCUUUUUUGUAAUGGGUGAUUUUACUCUAAGAUUACUUAAAAACAUAAAAAAAAUGAUUCUGCGUUAAUGCGUUUUGUCUAUGUUGUGCGUGGACCAUAGAGGAAACAAAUAGUGCGCUGACAUCCUCUUAAUGCUUAAGUUAAAAAAUAAUGUAAGAUGUUAAGAUUUAUAAACAGAACACUAUUCAUUUUAAAAUAUUAACUCAUUUAAAGCAUUAUAUUAUUUAAUUUUACUGUUAUAUUUUUGUCAAAUUGAUAUUCUACUUAAUGUACAAUUUUAACUAAAAGGCAUUUUUUAUUUACUCCUUUUUAUAUACGCAUAACUUACUAAAAAAUGUAACUAUCGUAAAAUACACAAAUAAUGUACUAACUAGUUGGCAGUUACCAUCAAGUUUCAUCAAGGUUGAUUUACUCUAAUUUACGCGUUACGCGUUUUCCUCAGCGUAAAUUAUCUAUAUGUUAGGUACGCACUUGUAAGACGAAACAACAAAUGGCCGUGUAUCGUCCUUUUUAUUAGUCAUAUUAAAUUUAAUAUUUAUAUUUAUAUAUUAUAAUUUAAUUUUUACGUCUGAUCGGAAACAGUAUAACUACUCGUAUACGAAAUCAAUAUAUUCAUGAAAAGUUGUCCAUUUCAUGAAUUGAAAACUUAAAUAAUAUAUACUGUGUGUCCACAUUAACACUUACACAGUAAUAUAAUAUAUAAAUAUUUAAGUAAUUUUAAAUAUAAGAAAUAAAAUAUACUCAUUUAAAAAAACGAAAAAUGUUACGCUCGGUAAAUCACGUUAGUUUAAAAAUUAGAGUGAAUUGGUCUCUUAUAAAAUUUAAAGAUAAGAUAGGCCAUACUAUAGGCUUUUUAUAAUAUUUUCAUUUGUACAAUUACAUAUACGUAUUUGCUUUGGGGAUUUUUUUCCGAUUACCCGCUUAUUCGAACGAGAUACACUAUCUGACAAUACAUCAAUAACACUGUUGGUUGGUUGUUAUUCGAAAUAACAUAUUAUAUACUAUUUAGGAUAGCAGGUACCACCCACCAAGUAGACGCCCGCAAGUUGUAUAGAAACAGCAUAGAUCAAUUUAUUUAAGAGCUCUUUCACACGAAGCCACUAUGGCAGCGCCACCAUGGUCGCGCCACCAGAAAAGCAUCGCCACAGUUCAUGCUUCCAGAAGCGCCUCUGUGAUUUUAAUUUUCGAUAGAAUUUAGAAUAGAAUAUAAUUUUAAUUUAGUUCCAAAAUGGAAGUGGAAGAGGUUGCAUGUGUAGCAUAUCUGUACGCUCGUGUUGUACGUAAACGAAAAAAAAAUAGAAAAUAUUGGGUACACCCACUACUGUCUGAUCGUUCUACGAAAGGUCUAUUCAAUUUAUUUUAUAAUGAUUUAAGAAAAUAUGAAGACAAAUUUUUUAACUAUUUAAGAAUGUCUGUUAGUUCAUUUGAUGAAUUAAUGGAACAACUUCAAGACGAUUUAACGGGUCAACAAACAAAUAUGAGAGAAUGUAUUUCACCUCUUGAAAAAUUAGUCGUAACUUUAAGAUACCUUGCCAGUGGAUGUUCUUUUACGGAAUUACACCAUGAAUAUCGUCUAGGAAUUUCUACUAUUUCUGGAUUUGUUACUCAAGUUUGUGAGGCUAUAUGGAAUAGAUUGAAAGAUGAAUGUAUGCCUCAACCAUCAACACAAAUGUGGCUCGAAAUUGCAAAUAAAUUUGAAACAUUUGCAAAUUUUCCUAAUUGUAUAGGCGCCGUCGACGGUAAGCAUAUCAGAGUAAUUAAGCCCACCGACACUGGUUCAUUGUAUUACAAUUACAAACAUUAUUUUUCGAUUGUAUUGAUUGGUAUUUGUGAUGCCAACUAUUCAUUUGUAUCCAUAGAUGUAGGUGCUUAUGGAAAGAGUAGUGAUUCUUCAAUUUUUAAAGAAUCUAUGUUCUAUAAAAAAAUGAUGAAUAAUUCUCUGAAUAUUCCUAAUCCAAAACCGAUUUCAACGUUGAACUCAGAACCAAUGCCAUAUGUAAUAGUAGGUGACGAAGCGUUUGGAUUAUCGGAAAAUAUAAUGCGACCAUAUGGUGGAAAAAAUUUAACCAUGACAAAAAAAAUAUUCAACUAUCGGCUGUCGAGAGCUCGUAGAUACAUAGAAUGUACAUUUGGAAUCCUUUCCAAUAAAUGGAGGAUUUUUCAUCGACCAUUAAACGUGAAACUUGAUUUGGCUCAAAAUAUAAUCAAAGCUUGUUGUAUCUUACACAACUUUGUACGGGCAAGAGAUGGAUAUCGGUAUGAUGAUACUUUAACAGUUCAAGGAUUGGAAAAUAUAGAAAACACAAAUGUAACAAGAGGAUCACAAAAUGCUCAAACUGUGAGAGAUAAGUACGCAAAUUAUUUUGUAACCGAUGGUCAAGUUGAAUGGCAGUAUAGUAAAAUUUAAGUUUUUAUAUCUAAAUAAAAUUUAAAUAUUAUAUAAAUAAUUCUUAACGUAAAUAAAAUAUUUGAAUAUAUAAAUAAAGUUAAAUUUAUGUAGUUUGUACAAUGUAGUAAUAAUAAUAGAAAAUAAUUUACGAAAAAGUAGGUAAUAUACAUUUUGGAUAUUUUAAUAUUUUUUUUGUUUAUUAUUUGAAUCGCGGACGAAAAGUCCGAGCACAUUUUUACUGUCAGAAAAAAACUCCGAAAAUACAAAAUAUUCUAUUAAUUUUCAUUUAUAAUUAUAUUAUAUAUAUUAUUACUGUAGUGAUCGGUUUCUAUUUUUUUAAAUUUUGAUAUUUUGUCCUCGGAGUUUUUGACCGGA